AUGGGUUGCUUUUUAGCCUCCUUGCCGAUACAAAACGACCCGGAAAGUUUACCAAAACCAAUCAGAUAUGAAAUAUCAUCAGAAAAGUAUGCAAAGAAACGUUUAGCAGUGAUAGUACCAUUUAGAGAUCGAUUUGAGGAGCUCCUGGAAUUUGUGCCUCACAUGUACAGAUUUCUAAAGAAACAAAAUAUACCUUUUGACAUAUUUGUCAUUCAGCAAAAAGAUAACAAUAGAUUCAACAGGGCUUCUCUCAUAAAUGUUGGAUUCCUGUAUACAAGAAAAGAUUACGACUAUAUUGCAAUGCAUGAUGUUGACCUAUUACCUCUAAAUGACAAUUUAAAAUAUGAUUACCCACUAAAUGGGCCUAUUCACAUAUCCUCACCACAAACACAUCCAAAGUAUCAUUAUGAAACAUUUAUUGGUGGCAUUUUAUUGAUAAAAAAGGAGCACUUCGAACUAGUCAAGGGCAUGUCCAAUAAUUACUGGGGAUGGGGUUUAGAAGAUGAUGAAUUCUAUGUAAGACUGAAGGAUGCCGGCUUAUCAGUGAAUCGGCCAGAAAAUAUUGACACUGGAACGGAAAAUACUUUUAAGCACAUCCACGACAAGACGUACAGGAAACGCGACAUGCGCAAAUGCUUCAACCAGCGCGAGGUCACGCGUAGGAGGGACCGCGUCACCGGUUUGCACGACGUCGCCUACGAAGUGGAGGGCACGCACAGCGUCACCAUCGACACCCUACCGGUGACGGUCGUGAACGUUCGUCUGAUUUGCAACGAUUCUAUCACCCCCUGGUGCCAGUGCAACGAGCCCGCCAAGCCGAAAAAGGCCAAG